AUGGCGAUAUCCGCCCUCAGGCCGCCCCUCACAGAUGGUGAUGCUAUCGCCAUGGAUGUGACUGCCCCUCCCGAGUUGGCAGAGUCUAGCUUCUUCACCGAGGUCUUACAGAUCUCGCCGGGUGACGCCAGCGCGAUUCUUGACAGCUUGAUGGCCCGAGCCGCAAGCCUGGGCAUUGCGGCAUCACGACCGUCGACUGCGCUCUCGACGGCAGGCCAACCCAAUACUUCCAGCACAGCGGAUCCGAGUGUGACGCUAGAGACAAGCCACGCCCGGACGGCCUCCACUGGGUCCAAGGCGUCGGUUAGUACCACAUUAACUUCUGCCUUCUCCGAUGAUGGCAUUCCCGAACCGGCCGCCAACACAGUGACGCGCAAGCGAUCUCGAAACUUGACCUUCAGUUACUAUGACAAGUACCUCGCUCAAGUCAACCCUCAUCUCCACCAGUCCAAGUUUAUAAGUUUCCCGCCAACUGAGCGGCACAACUCAACGCCCAGUCUGUUCAGCGUCAGUUCGCGAAAAAGUUAUCUGGCGGGGUUAAGGCAUGGCCUCUUCAAGAUUAGCAGGAGACGGAAGUCUUCGCCCUUUCCCGAAGCCAUCAUCAUGUAUGCCCCCACCCGCGUGCCCCUCCACACUGUUGAAAUUUGGCUGACUUGGCUUCACGGUUCAACAAUUUUCAACGCCAUGGGAGGCCCGCAUAUUUUGCUCGAACCCUUCCUGCGUAACAUGCCGCAAAUGCCAAACGAAGAACUCGAGGCCGUACUGAAGAUUGGGGAAGCCUCGGGUUGGAGGCGGUGUUACAAAUGCCGGACACUGGUUGAGCUCACGCAGGGCUGCAGCCACAUGACAUGUCGCUGUAAGGCACAGUUCUGCUACGUGUGUGGUGGUGUUUGGGACGGUACAGUGGGUUGUGCGAAUUAUUGCAAUGGUGAAGAGGUGCUCGAGCGCAGGCGUAUCGAGGAGGCAGAACGCCUAGCCGCGAGAGAGGCAGAGGAGGCUCUGAAGAAAGAGGUGGCAGAAAAGGAAGCAGCAGAAAGGUUGGAGGCCGAAAAGCGAACCCAGGAAUCCCCCGAGUUCCAGGCCCUACAAGAAAGUCAGAUACAGGAGAUGGAGAGAUAUCACACCUUCGAGCGGAAGACGAAGUGGCUGAUGUGGACUAGGCAUUCAGAGGAAAAGCUGGCCCUGGUCGAGAAACAUUCGGGGGCAAUUGAAAGGAUGAAAGAUAGGCACUUGAAGACGUCGGCAACCCUGGAAGACCGCCAGGUACAGGCCGAACUUGAGCUACGGAGCACCCUGGAGCAGAGUGAACGGAAUGUGCGCAUUCGAUUAAAGCACAUGGAGGCCUAUUGCGACGGCCUGGGACAGAACACGCUCGAAGACAUGCCCAAGCGUACGGUGACGGAGCGGGAUUUGCGGGAGCUUGGCCAACAAUACAACGUCGAGAAGAACAUGAAGCAAUUGCACCAGGCCAAAAUCAAUGUUAUGCGCGAUCGCCAAGCCAAAGCAUUGGAGGAGCUCUUGCAGCGACAGGAGAGCGAGCUGGAGAGCUUGUUAGAAAAGAACGCGGCUGAAAUCGAAGAUCUCGAACUUUCUUUCGCCGACGAGGAUGAUGUCCUCGCCACCACGUUUCAACGACGAAAGCGUAUUCUAGAAAAGCGUUGGGAGCUGUCGUUGCGAAUAUUACAGAAAGACUUGGAAGCAGAGAAAGGGGUCCGGUACUCCACUUUGGGGCUGCCGGAAUGGCCUCAGCAGAAGGAGUCGGUUGACGAUAAUCUCUCAGCCGUGGAAGAAUGA